ACAGGGUGCAGGUCGGCUACAGCUCAAACGAUCCAGUCCUACACCACCACCGACACCGUCACCACCACCUGAAUCACUACACGCGUCUCCGUCGGAAAGUUGGGAGGACUAUUUGGCAAGGCAUCGCUCGUCACUCGCCGCAGCCAGGUGAUCCGGAGCGCACGCGGAGGCAGCGCUCUAUGAGGAAGAAGAGGAGGAAAUAAAAGAAAAUAAAGAUAAAGAUUAAAAAAAAAUGAAUAAAUAAAAAUAAAAAUUGUUGAGGACUUCUUGUCGUGGAUGAGAAGGCUGUGAAGAAAAGAUUCUUGGACGCAUUUUUAUUUUUUUUCAUUAUUUUUUUUUUGGACGCCACAUGUCAGCGGAGAGUGGAUGAGACCGCGGCGCCGUAUCCUGCGCAUUAAGGGGAAUGGUGGUGUCGCACGGAAUACAACUGCUCCGCUCUCAAUGGAGAGCCGCUCAGAGGGGAUAAAUUGCGUGCGAAGUUGCGGGGCUCUCUGCUGAGAGGAGAAGGGGGGGAGGACUCUAUCCAUCCAGCCCGCCACCGAGCCCACAGCGAGACAUGGGGCCUCUCCGGUGCGUGGGACUCGCCGCGGUCCUCCUGAUGUGCACAGUGGUGGACAGCAAGGUGAUCCUGGAAGGCCUGCAGAGGUACGGCCCCACACCCAUCUAUCUGCCCGUCAGCUACCGGAUCCUCAACGCUGAGUCGGCGUUCUUCCUCCAGGAGGCAAAUCAGGACUUAAUGAGGAACUCCAGCCUGCAGGCUCGCACCGAGUCCUUCUUCGUCCACCAGGCCCGGCAGAUGCCCUUCGUCAACGCCAGCUACGGGCCGCUGUCCGUCCAGCAGUCCGUCCCUCUGGAGCUGCUGCAGACCCUGCCGGGGCCGUUCAACACGCCCUCCUUCACCGCAUCGUCGGCGCCAACGUCGGCAUCAUCCUCGCCGCCUCUCUUCACAUUCAACUGGAAGGUCCACACCUACAUCAUCAGCGAGAGGAUUCACCCCAGCUGGCCGAAGGUCCAGGUGCUGUUCUACAUCGCGGGGAGGGACUGGGACGAUUACAGCGCCAUCCACAAGCUGCCCUGCGUCAGGAUGUUCGCCUUCCACGAGACCCAAGAGGUGCGCGGGACAUGCAGGCUAAAAGGGGAGCUGGGGAUAUGCGUGGCCGAGCUCGAGCCUCUGGCCAGCUGGUUCAGCCCGCCUACUGUCAGGCCGGGCAGGCAGAGGGUGUCCGAGCAGGCCCAGGGAACUCCUGUGGAGCUCUACUACAUGGUUCAAACCACGGACAGCGGGGACUGCAGCUCAGAGGACUCGAGAAAGGGCAGCCCCGUCCGCACCGACCAGCAGAGGCCAAUGGGCUAUUUCGCCGGGCAUACGCCUAUGCAGCGCAUCGGCAGCGUCAGGCUGUUCCAGCCGCUGUCGGAGCUGAAGCUGGACAACAACUUUGUGGUGAUGACGCCGUCCAAACCCAUCCGGCAGCGAGAGACCCUCUCUACUUUUCUGGCUCUGUCCACGCUGUCCUCGGUGCAGAUAUUCACCCUCAGAGUCAAGCUGAAGGACGGCAUGGCUUUCCUGGGAGCCAGAGCCAGUAACCCUGUCGCGUGGACGGUGAGUCAGGAUGUGAGAAGUGAAGGUCACAGAGUUGUCACUCUCCACUGUCGGAGGAAGGAGAACAGUUUCAAUCAAAGAGCGGAGGCAGCAGGCUACCAGCGAGUGCUGCAGGUGGACCUGGAGGUGAACGGGCUAAUGGUGAUCCAGGGGGGGAGGGAGGUGACAUGGCAGGUGGAGUACCCACUCACCAGAACCCUGACCAGCGAGGUGCCGACCAUCAUCCGCCUGGCGCCGCAGGACCUCGGGGGCAUCGUGCCUCUGGCUAUGGACUCCGAGAUCCUCAACACGGCCAUCCUCACCGGGCGAACAGUCGCCGUGCCAGUAAAGGUGGUCACUGUAGGAACAGACGGAGCCGUCUCCGAUGUAACAGAGUCAGUGGAGUGCAAGUCAACAGAUGAACAGGUUAUUAAGGUGUCAGAGCGAUGUGACUACGUGUUCGUCAACGGGAAGGAGACGAGAGGGAAGAGCAGGGUGAUGCUGAACUUCACCUACAGUUUCCUGAGUGCCCAGCUCGAGAUGAGCGUGUGGAUGCCCCGUCUACCGCUGCUCAUCGAUGUGGCCGACACCGAGCUCAGCCAGAUCAAAGGCUGGAGGGUCCCUGUUAGCGCAGGCAACAGAAGGUACGAGAGGGUCACUGAUGUCAAGAAUGACGGCGAUGCGGCUGACGAGAGGACGGAGAGCAGCUGCGUGGCGCAGUAUCAGAGCACCACCCUGCGUGUCCUCACGCAGUUUGUGGCAGACAACGGAGAAGUGAGGGGAGCCUCGGAGGAGGACAGGAUGGGCCAGCAGAACUUCCUGCUGGGUACUGACUGGCAGGUGGAGGUGACGCAACUGGUCAAGGAUUCUCUGAGGGUGGCGGACCCGAAGGUCGCGCAACUGCUGGAGGGCCAAGUCGUGAUAGGACAGAACGCUGGGACUACCAAACUACAGGUGCUGUCCCCUCUGACGUCCUCCGUCCUGGCAGAGAGGAGCAUCAGGGUGCAGGACGACAAAGUGACGGUGACAGAGCUGGGCGUUCAGUUGGUAUCCGGACUGUCUUUGUCGCUGCAGCUCAGCCCUGGGAGCAACAGAGCCAUUGUUGCCACUGCAACCACACAGGAAGUCAUUGAGUCACUCAAACAGGAGUCCCUCAUCAGUGCCUGGCUCCAGUUCAGUGAUGGAUCCAUGACUCCUCUAGACAACUACAACCCUGCCCAUUUUGACCUGGCAGCCACCUCUUUGAAUGAACAGGUGGUGGUGGUGCAGCGCAGUGCAGCGUGGAAAUGGCCCAUUAUCGUUGCCAAGGGUGAAGGUCAGGGUUUGCUUGUGCGUGUUGAAAUGAGCCAGUCGGAGGUGUGCCAGAAGGGGAAACGACGUACUGUCUUAGCCACUGGAAUGGCAAACAUACAAGUGAGAUUUGGUCAGUCAGAGGAGCAAUACAGACAACCAGGAGACCGGCGAACACGCCCUGACCCUCCAUAUUACGGCGGAUCUAUCUCGGACAUGGAAACUGGCUUAAUCAACCGUGGAGCCACUACCAUCAGGGGCCACGUCCCGGUGAGACCCAACGGGGGCCGUCUAUCAGCAGACAGCGGGGCGAGAGCACCGAGCGAAUUCUCUGAGUAUCCAGACAAGGGAGACCUGCCUCGCAGCCGCAGCACUGAUGAUGACUUGUUACCGUCCCGCAGAGGUCUGACAGACCUGGAGAUUGGUAUGUACGCCCUGCUGGGAGUCUUCUGCCUGGCCAUCCUGGUUUUCCUCAUUAACUGCAUCUCUUAUGCAUAUAAGUACCGGAACAAGCAGCUGUCCCUGGAGGCCCCGGAAGCAAUGCCCCAUGCCCACGACUGGGUGUGGCUGGGCCAAGAGGAGGGCCUUUGUUUGCAGCAACAGCAGCAGGACGAACUUUGUGGCACUCUCGAGGAAGGCAGUCAGCUACUAAACGGAGGCGUCCAGCGUGGUAAUAACGGCAUGGGAGGCUGCAGUUCGAGUGGGAGGGAUCACAGGAACGAGUCGCUUAACUCACCCACCACCAAGAGAAAGAGGGUGAAGUUCACCACCUUUUCCAAUGUCAAGGCCAGUAAUGGAUGUCCUGUGCUCAGCCCAUUAGCGCUGGUGCAGACCAGUGAGAUAAAAUGGGUAUGUCCGGACAUCGAGCUCGGGGACACAAAGGAUCUUAGGAACUACAUGGAAAAGCUUAAUGAGAAUGCAAUUAAGAACAUUGCAUAGGGGGUGUUUUCAUUGAACUAAAGAGAAACUCACCUGAAUGCCUUCAGAAUGAGGAGGGAAUGAGGGAAACAGGAAGGAUAGGAAGAGGGAAAAAAGAAUAAAAGGGUGCAGAAAACAGACUGACGGUAAACUGUACCUCAGCAUAACAGGAUAGUGUGCUCAGCCUUUGUUGUUUCCAUGACAAUACUCAAGCAACGGACUACAAAGGGACACGAUUUGCCACGAAAACAGAGCAUAGUUACAAAAGGGGGGAAAUGUGAACUUGAUAUUGUUGCUUAACUUAAAUGUACGUUGUUUGUCUUUAAUUGACGUUCCUUUUAUAUUCGCCAUGUAGCUCGUUUUACGUUCUCUUUUUUUAAAAAUCAUCACGUUUUAAUGUUGUAUUUGUUGUACUUUUCUGCGCUCUGUUGCUUUUUCUGUUUUUUAAGAGUUGCUGUAAUGCCCUGUACCACACGUCAGCAAUUAUAGAUUCUAGGAGAGAAGAGUUAAAAAGAACAUUUUGUACUGUAUAUAAAUGCAGAGUUUAAUUCGAAGGUAAUAUAUGUACAGUAACAUUUUUUUGUAAAGUGCUGUUUUGGUUUUUUUGUUUUGUUUGUUUUGUAGUUUAGUUUUCUUUUUUGUCUCCAGACACCAGAUCCAUGCAUGAUGCUAUUAAAGAGGAGGCAUGUGUGUCUGGUCUGAAAGCGUGUAGAUAACUAAUGCCAAUACAGCUGGAGACAUGUCCGUUUUAAAUGAUUGCAUUCAUUCAUCACGGAGCUGAGUUUAGGGUCGGUUUCAGUAUGUUAAUAUUGACUUUGUUAGGGUUAGGGUUGUGCAUUUCCCUCUUCUUAUGUUUAUGUUAUUAUUUAUGCCACCCCCUUUUAUUCAGUUGUAAACGUCAGAUGAAGUCCUGAUUCGGCCUGAUAUUCUGAUAAGAAAAGCAUUGAAUGUGAGAAAAUCUAAGAGAAUCCAUAGACAAUCACAUAAAUUAUGUAUGGAUUAUCCUUUCAUUUACAGUGUUCCAUUAAAGUCGGUCCAGUUUACAGCUUGAAUGGCUUGAAUUAAAUCAAGUUACCACGUUGGAUCCAAGAAAAAAAAAGUCAUGACGGUGAAUGAACAAACGAUCACAGACUGUGAAGUGUAAGCCCAAAGUCUGCCCUCAUCUUCCUUUUGUCAUAUGUCAGUACUGGUCCAUCAUUUUCUAUCUCUGUUUUGAAAUUGGCCGCUGGACUAAUUAAAACUGAAGGUGACUCUUCUCCA